AUGAAGACCAACGGCGGUAGCGACAGUAAUAACAAUGAUACAUUAUCAAAACGAGUACCAAUGAAAACAACAUCAUUAGGAAUGAUGUCUUCUAUGAACAGUAAUAAUAAUAAUAAUAAUAAUAAUAAUAGUUCUUCAAUAAUUAAUGACAAUCGUAUAAAAUUUAUCGAUAUGCUCGUAUGUGGAUGCUGUCAACAGGAUUUUCAAUUGUCCGAUAUUGUUAAAUUUAUUGAACAUAAGACAAUAUGCGGUAAUAAAGAAAAUAAACGUAAAAUUCCAUAUUUUUUAUCACAACAACGACAAAGAGAAGGUGACAAUGAUGAUGAUGAUAAUAAUGAUUAUGAUGAAGACAAUGAUGAUGAAGAAGAUAAAAGUCAACAAAGUGGCAAUUCUAGUGGAAAUGAAAAUGAAAAUAAUAUUCAUCCUACUCGUCAUCAGCAUUUAUCACAAAAACAAUCAACCUUUCCAAAAGUGCUCGUCGAUGCAAGUGCCAAUACAUUAAAUAGUGCCAUUGAACCUUAUAAUUUUGAAUGCAGUCAAUGUGGUGAUGUAUAUAGUACAGCUUGGUAUCUUAUUCAACAUUAUCAACGUUUACAUGGUGUAAAAAUGUAUAGUACAUGUCUUAAUGAAAAUGCUUCAAUUAAUAAUAAUAAUCCAAUACCAUUGAUAAAUAAUAGUCUAUUAUCAAAUGAUUCUUCAAUACCUAGUAUAGAUCUUAGUUUACUUGAAGCUGCACUUAAAGAUGUUACUUCAUCGAAUCGAUCACUCACAUCAUCGACAACAUUCGCUUCGAAUCAAUUGAUUGCAGCAGCUAAUGCUGCUCGAUCAGCACAACAACAACAAUCUUUAUUGUUAAGAACAACAACUGAUAGUGGUUCGCUAGCGACAGGUGUCCAUUCAAAGGUUAACAUGCCAUUAUCGGCUCUUGUCUCAUCUAUUCCUAAUUCUUCUUAUCCAAGUUUACUACAAGAAGUUGCUCAUCAAUCAAAUUCUGUAGCUAAAUUACUUAAUGAAGUAGCUAAACAACAAUCUUAUAAAACAUGUACGAGAGAUAAAACUAAUAAUGAUACAAUAUCGUUAACAGAUACACAAUUUCUUACACCAAAAGCAAUACAUGUUUCUACAUCUCGAGCGGAAAAUGAAUCGGAUAAUAAUGUACAUAAUCGUAAUGAUACCAGUCAUAAUACACGACGUCAAAAACGACGACGAGGACCAACUGAUUCUGGUCAAAGUGAUGAACUUGAGCAGAAACGAUCUUUGCCAUCAUCAACUAUUUCUUCUCGUCGUCUUUCAGGAUCACCAACACAUUCAAUGUAUCUAUCAUCAUCUGAAGAUGAACGAAGAACAUCAACACAUCAAAAUAAAACUAAAAUAAAUACAAGUGAAACACCUAUACAACAACCACUAUCUCAGUCACAACGAAAACGUCAUCAACGUAAACCAACUAGACUACUAAAUGGUAUUACACAACAACAACAACAGCAAUUGAAUAUAUCUGUAAAAAAUGACUCAUCUACUGCGAGUGAUAAUCGAUCAACAGGACGAAAGAAAACAGAGUUACUCUUGACAACUAGUACAGAUUCUACAAAUGAAAAUUUUCAAUGGCUUCAUCAAGCAUUUCGAUCAAUUGUACCAUCAAAUGAUGUCGAUUUAACAGUACAACAAAAUUCUGUAUCACCACAAUCAAAUUCACUAAUUGAUAGUGGUGGUGGUGGUUUAAUUUCUACACGUUCAUCGCCAUCAUUAUCGGCUACACCACCAUGUUCUACAAGUGUACUUAAUUUAUCAACAACAAACGGUAAUAAUACUGCUGCUCCUAAUAAUAAUACCGGUGAUCAAAUUCUGUUAGAUCAUUCUCAAUCAUCACCUGACGGAAAUAAUUCUCAUCAAUCAAGAACAAUAAAUCACGUAAAUAUAAAUGGUGGUCGUGUAUCUAGUCCUGGUUCUCAACGAUUUAUAAAACGUGAUCGACGAAAUGAUACAUGUGAAUUUUGUGGAAAAGUGUUUAAAAAUUGUUCAAAUCUAACUGUUCAUCGACGAAGUCAUACAGGAGAAAAACCAUAUAAAUGUGAGUUAUGUGCAUAUGCAUGUGCACAAUCAUCUAAAUUAACACGUCAUAUGAAAACUCAUGGUCGUGGUGGUAAUGAAGCAUUUCAUUGUCGUUAUUGUUCGAUGCCAUUUUCUGUUGCAAGUACAUUAGAAAAACAUAUGCGUCGUUGUGAACAUAAUCCACAAAUUCUUGCUGUAUUUAAACAACAACAACAGCAACAAACAAAUACAACGAUAUCAAAUAGAAAAUCUACAAAUGAUAUCAAAAAUGAAUAUUUUAUUGAUGAUAGUGAUGAAAUGAUACCUGAUGAUUAUUCAUCAUAUGCAGAAAUAAUUGAUGAACAAAAUGAUACAAGUAUAAAAGAAGAAGAUGAUGAUGAUGAUGAUAUUGAUCUUAUUGAAGAAAAUGAACAAAUAUCAUACGAGCAAACUUGA